AUGGCAUCAACAACGACUGGAAAAAUUACUGAAUUCCGUCGUUUAUUGUCAAAUGCUCGAUCAGUUCUUGUUUUAACCGGUGCAGGAAUAUCAGCCGAAUCAGGUGUUCCAACAUUUCGGGGUGCUGGGGGAUUUUGGAGACAAUUUCGUGCAACAGUUCGUUAUUCAGUUCAUCCAUGGCAAGGUGCUUUAUGUGGAUCAUUAGCAGGAGGAAUUGCUGCUUGUUUAACGACACCAUUUGAUGUGGCAAAGACACGAAUUAUGUUGGCACAUCAUUCACAUACUGAUGCAGCUUCUCAUUCUUUGAAAAUUAUGAAGAACAUUGUGAAAAAUGAAGGAUUUCCUGCUUUAUACAGUGGUGUGUUACCUCGUACUACAUGGAUUUCAAUUGGUGGUUUAAUUUAUUUUGGUUCAUUUGAAUUUGUGACAUCUUGGUUUUUCUCUCCAAACAAUUAG